AUGUCUGCCCACAUGCUCUCACUGCUUGGCAUCGAUCGCCACGCCCUAUUUGGCGCAUACGGGAUGCGGCGCGCGCUGCUUGCGGCCGUCCUCAUAGUGACCACCCACGCAUCCGUCUUCUCCGAGGGCGGGCCGGUGGGUGAUCUAUAUCGAAAAGAAUUAUAUGACUAUCCGCAAUCGAAUGAUGUAUAUUUCGACGGUACGGAUAUGGACGAACCAAUCCAGAAAUACCAGAGAGAGGAACCACUGAGAAAUGCAAGAGAAUCACAGGACUACAAAGAGCUAGAAGAAAUCCUCAGGGAGUUGAAACAACAAAAAGAGAAGGAGGAAGCUUUGGCAGGGCAAGAAAACGUGGAAAUCACACUGAAAAAUCCGGAAGUACUGCCAACCAAGAAGAAUACCAGCAAACAGUCCGGUAAAGAGAAACUGAUGCAAGCCGAUGUUGCACAGCAACCACUGGUAGCACAAAAGAAAGGACAAAAUGAGUUUGUGUCCUUCGUCGAACCCGUCGACUCCAAGCAAACUAAAUCUGUUGCAACACUGGAAAAACGUCGUCUUGCCGGUGCAUCGGAAUUUUCGAAUGCUCUACCUACAUACAGCAGCAAUCUGCUAAUGAUUGCUGUCGGCACUGUGCUCAUCGUAGGAAUGGUUGCGUCAGUGUUGGGCGGAGGCUACUACAUCAAGAGACGUCGUAGCUCACCGGACGAUAGCGAAUAUGCCCCAUACGCUGGUACCGGCCCGGGAUUCAAGAAGAACAAGGGCGAUAAGGGAGAUGAGUCGUUGGCUUACAAAGCACAACUCCAUCAGUAUCAGCAGGCGAAACAAAAGAUUAUCUGCGGGGAAGAUGCACCUGCUGGACUAGAGUCGGAUGCAGAGGACGAAGGCGCUGAUGACGAGAACAACUUCAGCGUGUACGAGUGCCCUGGACUGGCGCCGACCGGCGACAUCGAAGUGUGCAAUCCAAACUUCGCCGCGCACCCGUGAACACGCCGUGCGCACGCUCGCGCACCGCGUACGCGUCCGUAGCAGCUGCCGCUGGCCCGGCAACGCCCAUCUGCCUGUCAACGCCCACCUGUGCUCCACUUUCUUCCCCGUCUAUCUUUUCCUCACGAUUAACUCCCCGGUAGUUUUGAAGGCAUGUAUCUUAUCCGUUGAUUCGUUUAUGCACGUGUUAUGACAGUAUUAUCCCGUUGAUCUGACUUACAGUUAUCAAUACUAUAUAUGUCGCGACGAAGCCAGCUGACCCCGAGAGAUCUGAACCGUGCUACCCGCCCGUCCUCCUACUCCUCCUCUCAGCCGGCGAACCGUGUCUGUGGAUGUGUUGUGUUGUACAGUCGUGUUUGUGUAUCCUUCUCCU